GGGCAGCAAGGCGCAUGCGCUGCGUCCAGUCUGCCCGAAAUUCAUCAGUAGAAGAAGAAGGAGGAAAAAACGUAUACAACAAAGAUGGCGUCUCCCGGCGAGGCAACGGUGAAGGAUUCACACGUGGGGAAAAAGAAGAAGCCUCCAGCCCGUUACUGGCUGGAGCAACAGAAGGAGGGGAAAGAUGACAGCAAAGUGGGAAAAGAACAUGCCGAACAGGCUGUGGAACAAGAGGAGCGAAAGACACAGAAAACAACGAAAAGAAAGCAAGAAGAGGGUGAAAGAGAUGAAAAGAAGUUCAUAUCAGGGAAAACGGACCCUUUCCCUGGGCCUGCUCAUAUUCCAGAGGACAGGAUAAAUAAGUUCAAGAGGAAAGAUAAAACUAAAAAGCCUCGUGGAAGUCAUUACAAGCUGAAAGACAUGAUGAGUCGCUCACAAAAAGAAUCAGAAAUGGCCCAGAAACAAGCUGCCCGGUUCGACCUCCUACUCCCAGAGGAUGCAGGGUUUCUAGAAGGAGAUGAAGAUGAGGACACAUGUACGAUCUCUCAGGAAGAUAUUGCAGAUGCUGUGGACAUAACAGCUGGGUCAAAGUAUUUUAAUCUGAAACUGUCACAGUUUGGACCGUAUCGCGUGGAUUAUAGCAAGACUGGACGUCACCUGGUGCUUGGUGGGAGGAGAGGCCACGUUGCCUGUAUAGACUGGCAGUCCAAACAGCUUAUGUGUGAGAUAAAUGUGAUGGAGUCAGUGAAUGAUGUGAAGUGGCUUCACAGUGAGGCCAUGUAUGCGGUGGCUCAGAAGAAGUGGCUGUAUAUCUAUGACUCAAAUGGAAUAGAGCUUCACUGCAUCCGAAAAUUCAAUGAUGUCCUGCGAAUGCAGUUCCUCCCGUACCACUUCUUGCUUGCCACAGCAAGUGCUACAGGUUUCCUGCAGUACUUGGACGUGUCUGUGGGAAAGGAGGUGACAGCCAUCUGCACCAAGACUGGUCGGCUUGACGUGAUGUGCCAGAACCCACACAAUGCCAUUAUCCAUCUUGGCCACCACAACGGCACAGUCACCCUCUGGUCACCCAACCAGAAGGAGGCCCUCGUCAAGAUGCUCUGUCACCAGGGCGGCGUUCGCUCUGUCACUGUGGACAAGACGGGCACAUACAUGGUGACGUCUGGCAUGGAUAAAAAGCUGAAGGUGUAUGACAUUAGAAGCUUUAAGCCCUUGAAGUCCUACUUCCUGCCUGCUGGAGCUUCCUGUUUGUCACUGAGUCAGAGGGGACUGCUGUCUGCAGCCACAGGGGAUAUUGUCCAGGUGUACAGGGACGUGUGGAGCUCUCCAGUGACUAAACCCUACAUGGCUCACAGAGUUCCAAGAACAGUUUGGGGCCUGAACUUCUGUCCCUUUGAAGAUGUACUCGGAGUGGGGCACGGUGAUGGUUUCACCAGCAUGCUCAUUCCAGGUGCAGGAGAGCCUAACUUUGAUGGUCUGGAUGCAAAUCCAUUCCGCAGCGCAAAGCAGAGGCAAGAGUGGGAGGUCAAAGCCCUGCUGGAGAAAAUCCAGCCAGAGCUCAUCAGCCUCGACCCAGCCGAGCUGGGGCACGUUGACCGUGCCAGCUUUGCACAAAGGCACCAAGACAGGGUCCAAGCUCUGGGCUUUGACCCAUUGGCCAAAGAAAAGUUUAUUCCCAAGUAUAAGACAAAAGGUCGUAGCUCUGCCGGUGGUGUUGAAAGGCGCAAGAAACAAGUGGCUUAUGAGGACCAGAGGGAUGUGAUCAGGAAAACUGUGGAGACCAAAAUGAAGAUGGAAAAAGAGAGAAAGCAGAAGGAACAGAAGGCGACAGUGUUCUCUAGCCAGAGAUCCGCUCUAGACAGAUUCAAGAAAUAGAAAAGGAGAACCCUUUGUGCUGCCCAGAACCCAGUGACUUUCUGUGGGAGUGACCUCUUACAUUCAUAUAAAGGACACAUUUUUGGGCACAUUGCUCCACCAAGGGAACAAAACACUGUUCAGUUGUGCAGAAGUGCAGAAAUCCUGCAUGUAGUCGCGUCACUCAAGUUGAGACUUGAAUUCUGACUAAUGAGUAUUUUAUCUGAAUUCAAUGUUGAUCGCAGUUAAACAGAACAGUGGGGCUGAGGGAGUGGCUGUCACCCAGAAUAUGUCGUCAUUGUUUUCUCUGAUAAACAAUUUUUACACAUGUUUGAUCUUGUUGAGUGCUUUGGAAGCUGAACUGACUGUCAAAUUUUUUGUAUAAAUAUGUUCUCAAAAUAAGUUAAUGUUUUAUUAAUUAAUUAUUUGAGAUAGCAACUGAAUGUAAAACAUGCUCACACAAUUACUAUAUAAUGGACUGUUGCCUGGAAUUAGGUGGGCCCAUUGGCAGAAAUUGGAUACAAUAUUUAUGUCCAUUCUCAAAAAUGUAGAACAAAUUGUGUUCCAUGCACCAUCAGUGGUCUGCGAGAGCCCCAUUGUAAAAUAUGUUCUGAAUUAAGUGUUUCUCAAUCUGUAUGCGAUAAUGAGAAACUCCAAAGCCUCCUAGUGAGGUGUUGUAAUGGACGUAAGACAGUGGACGGUUUGAAAACAAAAACCCAAGGUCAACGCAUCAGAAUCAGA